AUGUGUUUAAUCACAAUCAUCCUUGGAUUUUAGAGCGUUGUUGACAGAUAGGGACACUCAGAAUCUCACGUUUUCGAAACCUCAGAUUCCUUACGAAAUGGCGACGGAGAUCUCGUUGGAUCUGAUUAACCAACUAAAGGUCUCUCUUCGAAAGGAAGCCAAGCUCUCCUCCUUGGAUCCUGUCGGCGAUUACACGGAUUCCUCUAUCCCCAGCCUUCCCACAGCCGCGGAGGCAAUCUCAGAAGUCGAUGCUUCGGCCUCUUACCUCCGUUGCCGGAACUGCAAAGGAAAGCUUUUGCGAGGGAUCGAGUCUCUAAUCUGCGUUUUCUGCGGCAAGCAGCAACGGACGAGCGAUAAUCCUCCUGAUCCCAUCAAGUUUACCUCCACCUCUGGUUACAAAUGGUUUCUCAGCUCUCUUAAUCUGGAUGGAUCGGAGAUGGUAGAGCCACUGAAGGAAACGAAUGGAUCAAGCAGAGGAGCUAAGGCACCCGUAGUAAAAGGAAUUGCUGUGUCUAAGUUUCUUGAUUUAGAAAUACAAUGGUCUGCUAGAGAAGAAAAGUCUCUAAACAAUGGACCUGACGAUGGACAAUCAGUAGAGAAUAAAAACCCUCUUAAUCUAGGAGGAGUUAAUCUUGACGAUUAUUUCGUUGAAGGAAGAGGAGUUCUUCCCAAAGUGGACCCGGUAGAGAGCGAACCCAAACCCGUGGAGGAUGAUUUUAAGGACCCCCGUAGUCUUAGCUUGUUCGAUAGUGUAAAGAGUCAGGGAGAUGUUGAAUCAAAGCAGUAUGAAAGUGUUGGUUUGUUUAAGGGAGAAGAUGUCCAGAAGAAUGUUUCAUCUGAAGAACAUGAGAAUCUUAGUUUGUUUGCGGGACGAGAUCCCCAGGAUAGUGUUUCUUUAGCAGAGCAGGGAAAAUUUGGGUUCUUUGAGGAAAAAGAUGCUCGGCACUCUUCUAAAGAGAAUGAAAACCUUAGUUUGUUUGAAGAAAAAGAUGCUCAGAGAACUAGUUCUUCUAUAAAGGAUGAGAGCUUUGGAUUCUUUGAGGGUAAAGAUGCUCAAAGAAAUAGCGCUUCUAAAGACGAUGAGAGUUUUGGUUUGUUUGAGGGUAAAGCUGCUCAGAGAAAUAGUGCUUCUAAAGAGGAUGGUAAUCUUGGUUUGUUCGAGGGUAAAGAUGAUGGUCAGAGAAAUAGUUCUUCUAAAGAGGAUGGAAAUUUUGGUUUGUUUGAGGGCGCACCAUCAUCAAAUGCUGUCCUCAAGUCUUUCGAUGACAAAGUUGUUGCCUCUUCUUCGGAUCGGGAUUCUGACUUUCAAUCUGUUUCCCCGAAGAAAAUUAAUGGCGAUCCAUUUGUAAGUUCUCCGGUUGAUUUGGCUGCUCAUAUGGAUUCUGUCUUUGGUUCCGGAAAAGAUUUACUGUAUGAAAAAACAGCAGAUUCUUCAACAGCGUAUGUUUCCAAAGCUGAUGACUGGUUGCAAGAUGAUUUAUUUGGUAGUGUUACUGGAAAGCCCCAAAACAACGACCCAGCUGUCCAUGAUAAGAAUGAGGGACAGGUUGUGGGCCGCAACGAAAGUUCAUCCAUGGAUAUUGAUUGGAUUGGAGAUGAUCUAUGGCAAACCAGUGAAAAGAAACCAACUGAAAAGAAACCUACAGAUGAUAAUGAUGAUGACGCUGGCUGGAAUGAUUUUGCAAGCUCGGCUAACUGUAAGACUCCUGAUAAUUGGAUAGGAGAUGAUCUAUGGCAAACCAGUGAAAAGAAACCCAUUGAAAAGAAACCUACAGAUGAUAAUGAUGACGACGAUGACUGGAAUGAUUUUGCAAGCUCGGCUAACUCUAAGACUCCUAAUAACCCGCUUUCUCAAACUAUGGAAAGUUCCCAAGAGGAGUUUUUUGAUGGGCUAGCGCAUGUUAAGAACGAUGUUAAAGAGCAGAGCAAAGAUGAGAAGCAGAAUACGGGUCCAAGCGUAAUAUAUGGCGUAGCCAAAGGUCAAGAAGAUGAUCUCUUUGGAACUUGGAAUAGUUCAUCAUCUCCAAUCCAGUCAAUGGAUAUUGAUUGGAUUGGAGAUGAUCUAUGGAAAACCAGUGAAAAGAAACCCAUUGAAAAGAAAUCUACAGAUGAUAAUGAUGAUGACGAUGACUGGAAUGAUUUUGCAAGCUCGGCUAACUCUAAGACUCCUAAUAAUUGGAUUGGAGGUGAUCUAUGGCAAACCAGUGAAAAAAAACCCAGUGAAAAGAAACCCAUUGAAAAGAAACCUACAGAUGAUAAUGAUGAUGACGAGGACUGGAAUGAUUUCGCAAGCUCGGCUAACUCUAAGACUCCUAAUAAUUGGAUUGGAGAUGAUCUAUGGCAAGCCAGUGAAAGGAAACCCAUUGAAAAGAAACCUACAGAUUAUAAUGAUGAUGACGAGGACUGGAAUGAUUUUGCAAGCUCGGCUAACUCUAAGACUCCUAAUAACCCCCUUUCUCAAACCAUGGAAAGUUCCCAAGAGGAGUUAUUUGAUGGGCUGGCGCAUGUUAAGAACGAUGUUAAAGAACAGAGCGAAGUUGAGAAGCAGAAUACUGGUCCAAGCGUGAUACAUGACGUAGCCAAAUGUCAAGAAGAUGAUCUCUUUGGAACUUGGGAUAGUUUCACAUCCUCGACCGUUUUGCAAACACCUGUGCAGCCUCCCACCAACCAUGUGAAUCCAUCUGCUGAACAGAAGCCGGAAAUGAACUUGUUUAGGGCAAAUAACAAUCAUCGAGACCUUGAUUCUGAUUUCUUUUCGGAAAGUAUUGGAGGCCAAACCUACUCAGAAGAAGUCAAAGCCAUGCCUUCUGGAGCAUCAACCUUAGAAAGAACGAUUGAUCCAACAACAAUAUCUCACAAAUCAAAGAGUGAUGUCGCGGAGGAGCUGAUGUCACAGAUGCAUGAUCUCUCAUUUAUGUUCGAGACCAAACUCUCUGUGCCUCCAAUCUCCAAGACAGAGUAAUUACAUCUCACCUCUCCUGUUUUUCUUGGGGCUCGAAGAUUGUGUGUUUGCUCGUAGAUGUUUCAUUUUCAAUAACUUGAAAGAUCCAGUUUGCUUGCUUUGUCGCCAAUACUCUAGUGGUAUGGUCUCGUCCAUUGAUUGAUUAUCAGUGCAACUACUGGGCCUCUUUGGUACUUAUAUAGAAUUUGUAAGUUCCAGAAUUAGUUUGGAUUUCAACUAAGUCUAGUCUCUGAAAUAUCAAGGUUGCGAGUUCAUUUAGAAAAACGUAUACGUAAGAUCUUGAUUGUUUGUGUUUACGGUUUACCAAAAUUCAAAUUUUAAUGAAAUUUUUU